UCAUUAAACAAAAAAGCUAUGAUAAAGUGACAAAACUUUACAAAAAUGCAGAGAGGAACUUUGAAUUCAAAGAAAUUGUAGCAUUUUUUGUUCAGAUAGAUGAAAAGACCAAUAUAUUUAUAUUUGAUGCCAAAACAAAUUUAUAUAGAUCAGAAGUCGCAGUGCAAAUAAUUAAUGACAAGUUAAAUAAUUUUCAAUAUAAACCAUCUUCAUUGAAAAGAAAUAAUGAGAAAGCAAAUACC